GGCAGGUCGGGGCCGCGCCCGCGGCUCCCGGGGCUGCCCGCGCUGCCGCUCCCUCCCAGGCCCGCCGGCUGCCGCGGGCUGCUGUGCCCGGUGGCCGCGGCUGUCAGCCUGCCCGGGACGCGGCUCGGGGCACCGGGGCUCCCCCGCGGGGUCCGGGCGCGUCUCCCGGCGGGGUCGGGAGCGGCGCAGCGCGGGGCAAACGGAGCAGGUCAGGCGAGCGUCCGCCGGCGAUGGGCGGCGGGGACAGGUACGUGUGUCCAUGAAGCAAGAUGGAGAGAAGAUAGUAGAGUGAGGGGUGGCCCUGUGGACAGCAUGGCUUUCCUGGACAACCCCACCAUCAUCCUGGCUCACAUCCGGCAGUCGCACGUGACCAGCGAUGACACGGGCAUGUGCGAGAUGGUCCUGAUCGACCACGACGUGGACCUGGAGAAGCUGCAGCCCUCCUCAGCACACGGGGACAACGGCUCGGAGCCACAGGGGAGCAAUGGGGACACUCAGGGCUAUGUAUACUCCCAAUCAGUCGAUAUUACCUCAAGCUGGGACUUUGGAAUCAGAAGACGAUCAAACACAGCUCAGAGACUAGAGCGUCUGCGGAAAGAGAGACAAAAUCAAAUAAAAUGCAAAAACGUUCAGUGGAAAGACAGAAAUACUUCUUGCUCAGCAGAGGAGCUGAGCUCGCUGUUUGAGAAGAAGAAUUUCCGUGUGAGGUCCCCGUGCUCUGGGAAGCAAUCCAUCCUCUCGGUGCGCCUGGAGCAGUGUCCCCUGCAGCUCAACAACCCCUUCAAUGAGUACUCCAAGUUCGAUGGCAAGGGCCACGUUGGUACAACGGCAACCAAAAAAAUCGACGUCUACCUCCCGCUGCACAGCAGCCAGGACAAGCUGCAGCCCAUGACCGUGGUGACCAUCGCCAACGCCAAGGUGCACGACCUGAUCGGGCUCAUCUGCUGGCAAUAUACAAGUGAGGGACGGGAACCCAAGCUGAACGACAACGUCAGCGCCUACUGCCUGCACAUCGCCGAGGACGACGGCGAGGUGGACACGGACUUCCCACCCCUGGACUCCAACGAGCCCAUCCACAAGUUUGGCUUCAGCACCCUGGCACUGGUGGAGAAGUACUCGUCCCCAGGGCUGGCGGCCAAGCAGUCGCUCUUCGUGCGCAUAAAUGCUGCUCAUGGAUUCUCACUUAUUCAGGUGGACAGUAUGAAGGUCACCAUGAAGGAUAUCUUACAAAAGGCCUUAAAGAGAAGGAAGGGAUCACAGAGAGGCUCAGGUCCUCAGUAUCGGCUGGAGAAGCAGAGUGAACCUAAUGUCCCAGUAGAUUUAGACUGUACCUUGGAGAGCCAGAGCACUUUGGAAUUCUGCCUUGUCCGGGAGAACAGCUCCAGAGGAGAAGAGGUCUCGGAGGAGGAUCCCCAGAUCGACAUUGCCACGGUCCAGGACAUGCUCAGCAGCCACCACUACAAGUCCUUCAAAGUCAGCAUGAUCCACCGGCUGCGCUUCACCACGGACGUGCAGCUGGGUAUUUCUGGAGACAAGGUAGAGAUAGACCCUGUUACUAAUCAGAAGGCCAGCACUAAGUUUUGGAUUAAGCAGAAACCCAUUUCAAUCGAUUCUGAACUCCUCUGUGCCUGUGACCUUGCGGAAGAAAAAAGCCCAAGUCAUGCAAUAUUUAAACUUACAUAUCUAAGCAAUCAUGACUACAAACACCUUUACUUUGAAUCAGAUGCUGCUACUGUCAACGAAAUUGUACUGAAGGUUAACUAUAUCCUAGAGUCGCGAGCAAGCACAGCCAGAGCGGAUUAUUUUGCUCAGAAACAAAGAAAACUGAGCAGGAGGACGAGCUUUAGCUUCCAGAAGGAGAAGAAGUCUGGCCAGCAGUGAGGCCGAGCUCGAGGAGAGCCCGCGCCGCGUCGGAGCCGCUCCCGCCCGGAGCCCGCGCUGCUCCUGCUGCCCGGGAGCGGCGGGAAGGAAUCUGAAUUAUCCCGUCUCUCACGGCUGGAAGAUCAUCCCUCCGUGGAGAGGGGAGGCCUCCCCUGUGACAGAAAUAAAGAGCCAUAUCAGCCGGAAAGAAGACUGUUACGCUUCAGGUUCCUUUGAUUAGAAAUAAGAGAAUGACGUAGACUGGCAUCAUUUAAUUACUGUAUUAUGUACAAUCACAAGAAGAGAUGUGAUUACAUAUUAUUUCACAGCCUGGUUAAAAUAAAUUAUAUACAUCUGUAAUCCACCCACGUACACGCAGGUAUUGCUUGUGACAUGAUCAAAUUUCUAAAAACAAAAUGUAGGACAAAUGUAUCCAUUUUUACUAUUAAUAAACAGAUGUAAUCUUUUUCAAGGUC